AUGACCCUGGACCCCGAGAACGUGGGCAUGAUGCAGGCCUACGACGGCGGCCUCGGCUCCACGAUGUUCCAGAGCCUCAAUGACGUUUAUGCCGCUGGAGGCAUGGACUUCGAGGCGUCCGAGAACUUGAAGUCGUUCGGCGCCGUCGGCGGCGUUGUGGAGGAGGGCCGGGCGCUCGUGGACAUCAUCAAGCUGUGCGCGCGGCUGUACACUGUGGACACGAGCUUGCCCCUGUCGGCCACCUCCUUGGCGGGCACCCUCGACUUCGGCAGCAACGUGCUCUCCUGCCAGCUGGGCUCCAACGGCGCCGAGCUGGGGAAGCCGAAGGAGGAGGACUUCAUGAAGGAUACCCACGGGCGAUCUUCUGCCCGCUGA